AUGAAUCCGGUGGAGAAGCGGAAGAACAUGGCGAUCCUCGAACGAAUGCAGACGAAGCUCGACUUCGUUCGAAACCCACGCUACGCUGUACCAGACCAACAGGAUCAAGACUCGACCGAGCUAGCUGGAUCCGUGAAACCAUGUUUCGACAUCAUACCCAAGCCUCCUAUCAUGUUCACGGACUACGACAUCGGCGGUGUCUACGAGCAAGUGGUGUAUGUCCGCAACACUGGAAAGUUAUCGCGUCGGGCUCGGAUCCUCCCUCCAGGCACGAUCUUCUUCUCUAUGGCUAGCGUUUCCUUCCCAGAGGAGAGCGGGAUGGUGGCGCCGGGGAUGCAUGUGGAAGUGCGCUUACGCUUCUCCCCGGACUCUCGUGCCGACUAUAAGGACCAUUUCACCGUUCUGUACGAAACAGAUCAGUCGAUUAUGCCUGGAUCUACCGGUACCCCCGGUGCUGCUGGGUCGGCAGAGAUGAUUGUCCCAUUGAUGGCACAUAGAGAACCCCCAGAGUUGACGUUACCACUAGUUAUUCGAGCGCAGAAUACGCUGGUGGGCGGACGCUCAGUGACGACUUUGAACUGUAAAAAUGUUGGAGGGAAGGCGAGAUUUUGGCUGUUGAGCGAGCCAGCGUGGGCUCGACUGGAGCAGCAGCAUGUAGCAACUCGAGGUAUUUCGGCGACUCGUUCCGCUGUGGAAAUGCUGGGCGGCGACUACAUACUUGGGAAAGCAAUGGACGUAGGUCCAUUCCAGAUGACACCAAAUGCCAUUGAACUGGAUAAGGGCCAAAGCGUGAAGUUCGACCUCGUGUACACACCGUCGGGUAUCGGUGAACAGCGUGAACGGUUUGUCAUGGUGUGCGACAACUGCCUCGUGCGAGUCUUCCAACUCGUAGGUCGUGGUUGUCAAGUGGAUAUUGCGGCCACGCAAGUCAACGACUCCCCCAUCGACACCACCAUUACCGAGAUGGGUCCUCUUGAUCGACUAUUUUUCCGUGAUGAAGUGCUGGUAAAUGCUCGUGCUCGACAAUCUAUCGUGAUCACGAAUGACACGCCGAUAGAUGUCAAGUAUUCCUGGAAGAUCAUGCCUUUAGAUGAAGUACCAAGUGGAAGUGAAGUCAAGGACAAGUCAAUGGCGUUAUCGAGUCCUCCCGGAUGGAUUCCACCGUUUACUAUCUCCCCAGAGAGCGGCGUAUUCGCUCUAUCAUCGUCAAAAGAAUUCAGAAUUGAGUUCUUGCCCAUUGGGGCACGUGCUUAUGCAUGUCAAGCCACGCUGAUGAUCAAUGAUAUUCCAGCGUGUAGCAUGCCCGGUCCCGGUCAGAUGGCUCACCUCAAGGCGGCAUUCCAAGCAAGUGAAAAUCAACCGCUUAGUCCUCGGGCAGCAGCUAAAGCUGCAGCGAGAAAACUACGAGAUGAAAUGCCGGGGUUUUCGAUGCAACUUCGCGGACGUGGGCGGUUGGGCAGCUUUACGAUUAUCCCGGCACUCAACGAUUCAUGGAUUCCGCUGCAGGACGACGGUUUGCAAAGUCCUGGGAAUGUUGGAAGUGAGUCUGCGCAACUUUUGUUGCAAAACCAGAAGUACACAGCUACGGUGCUGCUGAAGAACCAAUGCAACUCGCGGGUAGCAUUCAGUUGGGAACUUGCGAGGUUAAAACAGCGACAUUUGGCAGCUGGCGGUGGGCCUUUAUCAUCUACAUCCAUGGCUGCUACAAAGGGUAAACCGCCUACGUUCGAGUUGGCGCUCUCCCCACAUACCGGUGAGCUGGAACCUCUUGGUCAGCAGCGGGUCGAAAUCACGUUCACCCCACUAUCGACGGGUUCAUUUUCACUCAGCGUGCCGUGCCGAAUAACAACACCGAACGACACGAAGACGCCUCGUGCACCGCGUUUCGAGCGGUGGCUGCUUCUGGAAGGCAAGGUUGCCGGGGCUGAGAUCGAGAUUAUUACCCCUGAAGUCGACUUCGGUCUGGUUCUCGUAGGUGCAAGCGCUGAAUCAACUGUAACCAUCCGAAACCCGUCACGUUACGUGCCGACAAACUGGCGAUUCUUGCACCUGGAUGGAUCGACUUCAGGUGGCGACCCCGCAGCCCAACACCAACUGCAGUCGACUGGCCCGAAGCUUCGCCGAUCCAGCUCAAAGGAGUCUGUAACUUCGCGACACUCCGCGAUAUCCUCGAGUUCUGGUAACGAGACGGAGCGGAGCCUAUUCACUUCGAGGGAUAUUCUGCCACGAGCCACUGUCGCGUUCGCACCUGAGAACGGCGUGCUCUUACCUGGCGAAACCUUCACUGUGACGGCUACCUGCAUGGCGGGGUCUCUACCUGAGAGAUUCCGAGGCAAUUUCAGUUGCCAGGCAGCUCCAGAGCGUAAAUUCUUCGAGAUCAACUCGUCCGUGGCUCAUGCAGUUGUAUCGGCGCGUGCUGAGAUCCAAUGUCCUAACGUCUUCCUUUCAACCACCCGAUUGCCGCUGGGGACGACGUACAUGGGCGUGAAGAUCCGCCGAACCAUUGAACUCGUGAAUGUUUCCAACCUCGAAGCUGCGUUCAAGUUUGUGGAGCCCGAGGGUGCAUCCAGAGCGUACAGUAUCACAUUUUCGCCGAAGCAAGGCACGAUCCACUCCAAAGAGCGUCUUGUGGUCACGAUUAACUACACACCGCGGCAGGUUGGGCGAUUCACGGUCAUACUCGCAUGCAGUGUCCGUGGGUUGCUGGCUCCGUUGGGCUUCGAGGUCAGUAGCAACCACAAGGGGCUGGUGCUGUCGUAUGAACUUGUCCAGCCUCCGAAACUCCCAUUGGGGAAGAAAGCGCGGCGUGGUGACGCGUCUGAGCUCGCUCUCCCCAAGUCCCCGAAGGAAAUCGCUCUGGAAAGAGGCAUCACGCUGUCGGACUGCGAUUUGGAGCCAGAGACAAAUCCACUCAGCAGUAUCCCUAAGCUCGCAUUCGGGGAUAGCGUGCCGCUUGGUGAGAGACGAACGUUGUUGCUGCUGAUACGGAACUUCAGCGGUAUUGAAGCGCUGGUGGAUCUCGAAGCGAAGAAGUUUCCUGCAGCGCCGGUCAGCUCCUCGCAGUUGAUACAGGGCUCCCCUUCAACGUCACCAAGCCACCGCAAACACAAAAGCAGGCUCACAGUGUCCAAGACCACGCGGUCUCUGUUGUCUAACAGAACCAGUUCAUACCGAGCGAGCGUAACAGGGCAGGACCCCACCAAGCCGCGACUUUCCGAUGCCAAGGACAACCGGAACCGAUUCCAGUCCGACAACGGGCGAGCGUAUCUCCGCCAAUGCGCAGAGAACGUGGAAGACCGACAAAUACUGCGUGAAGGUCGUGGAGUCGCCUUCCAGUUGUCCCCCGCUAGAGUUUACAUUCCACCAUGGGAGCAGGCUGUCGUUCGUGUCACGUGCUUCAACAACAUGCCGGGUACUUACGUUGACGACGUUGUGAGUCGCGCCACUGGAGCUCCUCCUGUGUUCUUGCAUGCCAACGUGGGGAUCGUCGGGACUCCGCUCGUUCUGGACAAGAAUUGCGUAGGGCUACACUUGGGCAGGCCGGUACCUGAAGGAAGACCCCAAGUUCUGCUUCGGCAGCCGACGUUGACGUUUGGCGCGGUCUGCGUUCGAUCUCCAAGCAUUACGAGGACGUUGCGCGUGGUGAACCGCGGACCGCAGCGUGCUCGUCUCAAGUGGAAACUGGUGGAGAAUGGACGAGAGGACCAACUGGUGAACGUGACGUUGCGUGUGGACUUCGGCUCACGGCUUCAGCUUCGGAUUACUCCGUAUGACGAGCACAACAGCGGUGCCGCUGAGUUACCGUUCGUUGUGGAACCUCAGGUGGCGAUGGUGCCUCCCUUCAGCACAACUCCGUUCCGAGUGACGUUCCUCUCACCACAAGAUGGAGUGGGUGCACCACGAGCUCUUCUGCUGGCAGACGCUCACUGGUACGACAUGAGCACGGAGGAAGCUAAUUCUUCAGAUGGCACCGGCAGCUCUUUGACUCUGAGCAGCACUCAUUCAGAAGCUGACCCUCGGCAAGAAGGCGCCUCCAGUCCCGCUAGACAAAGUAACAACAGUCCAAGCACUGCCGCACAUGUUGCAGCAGGGAAGGCGUUUACAGCUGUGCGCAUGGCCAACGCGAUAGUUCGGAAGCCUGGUCCAGUAGCAGGCAGCAUCUCAGUUUCGUCUUACAGCCCGAAGUGUCUUCGCGUACUCCUGUCAGCCGACCUUAUCGAGCCUGAAUUAUCCAUCGACAAGCCCAGGGAGCAACUUCAGCAGGUCCAAGCGCCGCCAUCGCCUCUUUCAGGAAGGAACGGGGCAAGGAGAAGCAGUGUAGCUGCGAUAGUGACCCCCGUGCCGCCGCAAAUUGCGCCGUAUCACAUCAAGUUCACCACGUGGUCCACGCUGAUGUCUGCAGCGGCAGCUCAGCACGUCUUCCAUCGACGCGAGCUCUUCUUGGUGAACCGAUUGGCUUCAAGGGUGGCGUUCCGACUGGAAUGUGAUGGUCCGUUUGCCGUGGCUCAAGCCGACUCGCUGGCGCCACGACAUCCUCUCUCGAUGGCAGAUUUACCACCAGCACACCGUCGAUCCUCAGCGCAGGGAGAGUCGUACAUGUUCAUGCUGCCGCCGCGAAUGUCCGUGCGGAUCGACUUGCGAUUUUUACCCUCAGCAUCGCUGCCAGACGCAGCUUCAGUUGGAUCUUCAAAGCCCAAGUCGAAGGCGCUUCUUCAACAGCAACAGCUCCCUCUGCACUCGCAGUUCGACGGCGAAUUGCGUGUCAAGUUUGCAACGCGCUCGGUGCAGACAAUUCGCCUCGCUGCUGUGGUGCUGCGACCUGCCAUCGUGGUAUCGCCGUCGGUCUUCUUCUUUGGUCGGGUUCAUCUUUCCGCCUCUCGGUUCGUCGUGCUGCGGCUGGCAAACCCCACGGUCGUGCCUGCGCGCUUCGCUGUACAACACGUUCCAAGACCCAAACCCAUUUCGCGAGCUCAGCAGCAGGAAAUGCGGCAGCACCACGCGCACUUGACGGACGAACCGGGCGUCUUCACGUUCUCCAAACUGUCGGGCCAGCUCCAGGGACCCACCACCACCCUCAAAUCUGCUGGGGGUUAUCUGCCGACCACCGACUCGAUGCGAGAUCUGCUGAGUGAAGACGCGACCACGACUCACCCGCUCGUCCACGCGCCGCUGGAAGUUCGCGUUGAGUUCCAUCCACGAGCAAAUGGCCGACGCUACAAGAGUCGAUUCCGAUUUACGGUGGAGCACGGACGCGACUUCGAAGUUGUGCUGGAGGGGACCGGUCACCUGGACGAAGUCGACGACCCGAGCGACGGCGACCGACCACUUGUACCUGCGCGUGAACUUGAACACUCGUACCAUAUCUUCCGCGGGACUUGA